AUAACUAAUCUCUGUGUGAGUUUAGCUAGCCAAUCUGCUUUGCCGCUAUAGCCUGACGAGACCCUAAUUAUAGUCUCUCGAAGUAGAACAACAUAUCACCUGGUUUUUAGUGCCAGUUCUUUCAGAAAAGUUGAAUUUAGGUGUAACAAAUCUGGGAUUUCUUUGAGAAGAACAUCAUGCCUUUGGUCUGGGUUAACCUGCUGCUGCUGCUUUGGGGGGCACAUACCGAAUGCCAUCAAUGCUCAGUGAACGGGAUCACAAGGAUGUUUUCCUGCCUUGAAACUACAGUGAUCGAGAUGUCCUGGGACAUUCCAAACAACACCACACACGUGUUAAUUAAGCAGACAAAGUUGAAAGUGUUUCCAAGCGAUGCCUUUUCAGGACUCAAUGGACUAUCCAGCAUUAUGAUUUCGGAAAAUGGAGCAUUGGAAGAGAUCGGGGCUAAUGUUUUUGCAAAUCUUUUACGGCUAUAUGAAAUAAGGAUAGAGAAGUCAAAAAACCUUGUCACCAUUGACAGAGAUGCUUUUCAGAAUCUCCCGAAUUUAAAAUAUUUAACCAUAUCAAAUACCGGCCUCAAUUCUUUACCAGAUCUUUCAAAGAUUAAUUCCAGACAGCCUGGCUUUCUAUUGGACCUUCAAGAUAAUCUAAACAUACAAGUGAUCCCUACAAAUGCAUUUCUAGGACUGAGCAAUAGCUAUAUAACUGAACUACGCCUGCCAAAGAAUGGGAUUAAUGAGGUACAACGAUUUGCAUUUAACAACACAAAACUGGAGAAACUAAUUCUCAUGGGUAAUCCUCUUGAAAACGUGCACAGUGAAGCUUUUCUGGCAGCAGAAGGUCUGGUAGUUCUGGAUAUUUCCAAUACAAAAAUCAGCACUAUUCCAGAGAAUAUGCUCAUGAAUAUUAAAAGACUCAGUGCUACCUCUACUUACAAUUUAAAAAAGCUGCCAAACUUGGAUAGUUUUACUGAACUGAUUGAAGCCAACCUGACCUACGCCAGCCACUGCUGUGCCUUUGCAAACUGGAAGAAAAAUCAAUCAGCGAAAGACCCGAUGUGCAACAUGUCCCAAAUCAACUAUGACGAACCCAACUGGUAUAAUGAAAAUUGCAAGGAGGUGACUGAAGUCGCUUGCUCUCCCAAGCCGGAUGCCUUCAAUCCAUGUGAAGAUAUUAUGGGAUACAUAUAUUUGAGAGUCCUAAUCUGGUUUAUAAGCAUCAUGGCCAUUACUGGAAACUUUGUUGUCAUUGUUGUGCUGCUGACAAGCAGAUACAAGCUCACUGUGCCCCGCUACCUAAUGUGCAACCUGGCCUUUGCAGACCUGUGCAUGGGGAUCUACUUGCUAUUGAUAGCUUCAGUGGACAUCCAAACCCAAUCCCAGUAUUAUAACUACGGGAUAAGCUGGCAGACUGGGCCCGGGUGCAGCAUUGCAGGUUUCUUCACAGUUUUUGCCAGCGAGUUCUCGGUGUACACUUUGACAGUUAUCACACUGGAAAGAUGGCAUACAAUCACCUAUGCGAUGCAGCUGGAGAGAAAGGUUCGUCUACGACAUGCCUUGGCCAUCAUGAUUGGCGGUUUGUCCUUCUGUUUCAUUAUAGCCCUCCUUCCCAUCCUUGGGGUCAGCAGCUAUAUGAAGGUCAGCAUCUGCUUGCCGAUGGACAUCGAGAGUCUGGUCUCUCAGUCUUACAUUGUGUUCACACUGCUGCUGAAUGUGAUAGCGUUCAUCGCCGUCUGUGUCUGCUAUGUAAGAAUCUACCUGACGGUAAGAAACCCGAACUUCAUCUCCAGAAACAGCGACACAAGGAUUGCCAAGCGCAUGGCCAUCCUGAUCUUCACUGACUUCCUCUGCAUGGCACCCAUCUCCUUCUUCGCAGUCUCAGCCUCCUUGAAGGUGCCCCUUAUCACUGUGACUAAUUCCAAAGUCCUGCUGGUGCUCUUUUACCCCAUCAACUCCUGCUGCAAUCCCUUUCUCUAUGCCUUCUUCACCAAAACCUUUAAAAGAGACUUCUUCAUUCUCAUGAGCAAAUUCGGGUGUUGUAAAAUGCAGGCCCAGAAAUACAGAACCGAGACAUCUUCUGCUCACAACUCCCAUAAUAGAAAUGGAACUCCCAAAACUAGCGAAGGCACUCUUUACUCCCUGGUGUCCCUACAUCACUCCCAUUGACUGUAUAUACUAUAUGUACAGUAUACAGCUAUGGCCAAAAGUUUAGCAUCACCUAGAAUUUUAGGAUUGAGCAAUAAUUUAAAUAAAUAUAUAUAUACAGAUGAACCUGCUUUGUAUCAUGAUUUUCGUGAAUGCAUAAUUCGUGAUAUAAAGCGGGUCAUGAUAUAAACCGGGUUUCACGUUUGCCUGUGACAGCACACAUUACGAGUGCGAGAAAAAAAGAAAGAAAACUAACGGUGAAUUAAAGAGCAGUGUUUUAAUACUGUACAUUUAGUCGUUCUUUACAUUUAAACAAAUACAUGUAGUUUACCACAGGACAAAUACGUUUUCUAUGAUUAACUAGAACGAAACAUUUCGUGCCAUUAUCUAAAAAAGGCAUGAAUUGUCGUCUGAUCAGAGCUAUCAAUUAGGCGGUGCCUGAUUUUUUUCAAUGUUAUUAAAUAAAGGCCAAUUACUAAAUUCAUUCUGUCCAAGAAAUUGCCUCAAAAUCUUAAGUGACUUUUGUGCUUCAGAUGUGUAUACAGCUGCUCCAGGUAAUUCACCUUCCUCAUCGGAUGCAGAAUCAGCAGCCUGAAGUUGGUUCUGUUUCUUUUGCUGGAUAUCCCCCACGAUGUGCUCAUCUCACAAUGACUCAAUGCAUUCAGCAUCAUUAUCCACAUUGAUGAAAACAUUGAACUCAUUCUCUGGAAACCCCUCUAGGACCACCGGUUCCACCGGUCCUAUUUUGAAAAGCCAGAUGAACGGAAGCAGUUAACAAUGGUUUCACUUUUACAGUCCCAACCUUCCUUGAUCAACAGCAUAGUUGUAAACAGGUCUAUUUGCUUUGAAAAAUCAGCUCAAUGUUGUCAAGUUUGAUUGGAGGAUGAGCAGGACAAUUAUAGACAAUGAGCGCAAUACGGCGAUGCUGUGCUUUAAAAACAUAAGAGAAUUAACAUAAGAAAGUUUACAAACGAGAGGAGGCCAUUCAGCCCAUCUUGCUUGUUUGGUUGUUAGUAGCUUAUUGAUCCCAGAAUCUCAUCAAGCAGCUUCUUGAAGGAUCCCAGGGUGUCAGCUUCAACAACAUUACUGGGGAGUUGGUUCCAGACCCUCACAAUUCUCUGUGUAAAAAAGUGCAUCCUAUUUUCUGUUCUGAAUGCCCCUUUAUCUAAUCUCCAUUUGUGACCCCUGAUCCUUGUUUCUUUUUUCAGGUCAAAGAAGUCUCCUGGGUUGACAUUGUCUAUACCUUUUAGGAUUUUGAAUGUUUGAAUCAGAUCGCCGCGUAGACUUCUUUGUUCAAGACUGAAUAGAUUCAAUUCUUUUAGCCUGUCUGCAUACGACAUGCCUUUUAAACCCGGGAUAAUUCUGGUUGCUCUUCUUUGCACUCUUUCUAGAGCAGCAAUAUCCUUUUUGUAACGAGGUGACCAGAACUGAACACAAUAUUCUAGGUGAGGUCUUACUAAUGCAUUGUAGAGUUUUAACAUUACUUCCCUUGAUUUAAAUUCAACACUUCUCACAAUAUGUCCGAGCAACUUGUUGGCCUUUUUUAUAGCUUCCCCACAUUGUCUAGAUGAAGACAUUUCUGAGUCAACAUAAACUCCUAGGUCUUUUUCAUAGUUCACUUCUUCAAUUUCAGUAUCUCCCAUAUGAUAUUUAUAAUGCACAUUUUUAUUGCCUGCAUGCAAUACUUUACACUUUUCUCUAUUAAAUUUCAUUUGCCAUGUGUCUGCCCAAUUCUGAAUGCUGUCUAGAUAAUUUUGAAUGACCUUUGCUGCUUCAACAGUGUUUGCUACUCCUGCUAUUUUUGUGUCGUCUGCAAAUUUAACGAGUUUGCUUACUAUACCAGAAUCUAAAUCAUUAAUGUAGAUUAGGAAUAGCAGAGGACCUAAUACUGAUCACUGUGGUACACCACUGGUUACCUCGCUCCAUUUUGAGGUUUCUCCUCUAAUCAGUACUUUCUGUUUUCUACAUGUUAAACACUCCCUAAUCCAUGUGCAUGCAUUUCCUUGAAUCCCCACUGCGUUCAGUUUGUGAAUUAAUCUUUGAGAGACGUGUCCCACUGUUUUAGCCAAUGCUCGAAAAGAUAUGAUAUCACCCACGCAUUCGAGUUGUAAGUGUAAGGGAUGGGCAGAUUACGAACUCCACGGAGACAACAAGGUUGUUUAGAUAUUCCAAUCAACAAAAGAGGCCUCUUUUCACCAGCCAUACUGCAACAAACCAUGAGCAUGACCCGGUCUUUUGCGUCUUUGCCUCCAAAGUGCAUGGUUUUAUUGAGUCCCGUCUCUUCAACAUUCUACACAUCAUCUGGCUUGUAGCAUUGAAUAAUUGCAGGCAGCUCAUUUUCAAUCCAGUUGUUCACAGAAGAAACAUCUGCAUCCUCAUUCUCUCAGUGAGCUCUCUUGAACACAAUCUCAUUGCGUUUCUUCCAGCGAUCAAGUCACCCGCUGGUUGCCUUAAAGUCAUCACCAUUCAGGUCAGCAGCAAACUUUAAAUCUUUGGCUUUUAAGAUUUCUCCGCUAACAGGCAAGUUUAAGGCUGUGGCAGAUUGAAACCAUCGAAACAGAGCUUCAUCAACAUCAGCAGCAUGACUGGUGCAUUGACGUUUUCGUUUGACAUUUGAAGUGGACUGUUGUAAAACACUGUUUUGAUUUUUGUAAAUUUUGCUGACUGUAGAUGGAUUAAUUGAGAACUUUUUUGCAACCUCAGCAAAUGAAAGUUUUGGUGGUCCUUCGCAGAGGCAUAUUAUCUCUGCCUUUUGUUUGCUAGUUAAUUCAGUUCACUUGCAAGCCAACAUUCUCAAUGCUUCCCAGAUAGCACAAUGACGUUGUAUCCCAUUAAGACCGCCCACACAUUUGACAGACUGCACAAAAUGUCAGUUUAUCAGCCGAGAUGAUUAUUGGUUGUUAGUUGCUUUGGAAAUUAAUUAUAUCCUGGGGUUACUUAGUAGAGCCCUGCCAUGUAGCAUUUGACAGGCGGCACAAAAAGUGACAAUAAGCGGGUGCAUGGUGAUAGGUUUUUAAAAAAUCGAGAUAAUAAACGGGGUAUGAUAUUAAGCUAGGUGAUAUAAAAUGGGUUUAUCUGUAUCUGAACAUAAUUUAGAACUUUUAUUUAACAUCAUGUAAUCAAUCACAAAAGCCAUAAUAGUAGUGCAGUAUUUUAGGUUAGAUUUCAAAAUGCCAAAUUUAAUUUUUGUGUGAUAAUUUGGUGUUUCAUUCAACUUUAUGAAGCAAAUUAGUUAUGAUGCAAAACUUUUGUCCAGAGCUGUACAUGGAGGUGUGAUCUGGCAGGGCUGGAGAUGAACCAGAUAGCUCAAGAAUAUCAACCAAUUAGAAGAAGACAAAGCGAUAUUGCUAUUUCCUGAUUGUUCUCUUUUUUUUAAAACAAGACACGGCACGUUUAAAUCAUUUCCUAUUAGUGAUUAGCGGCUUUGCAGUCUUGCUUUUGUAUUUGUUUAUUUGUUACUUAACACCAAUUCAAAUAAACAAGCAAAAUCUUAAUUAAUUGCAAUCUUAAUCAGCAAUGUUUGUUCCCACUAUUUUGGUUUGGGUAACAUGUUAUAUUGUGUCUAUAAUUACUGUUUAGUUACAUAGUAGUUACUUAGUAAAUACUUGUGUACUUACACAUAAUUGCAAUAUUAUUAUGCAUAGUUACAAUGUACUUAAUGUGUAAAUUUCUUAUUGUGUCAAUCUCCAUAUAUGUAAGUACAAAAGGGUUAGGGUUAGGGUAAGGAGGGUUGGGGUUAGGGAUGGGGUUAGGUUUAGAGUUAGGGAUAGGGCUAGGGUUAGGGGUAGGCUUAGGCUUAGGGUUAUGGUCAUAUGCAAAAAAAUUACAGCAUCCAAUAGUGUAUAGUAAAACUUGUCCAACCCGGCAGGUCAUGGGACCAGAAAAGUGUGCCAGAUAGUACAGAGGUCUAAUACUGUACCCAUUAUUUUCAAUAGAGAUUUGGUCGCAACCCCAAAAUGAUGCCAAUACAGAAUGCCAAUAUGUAGAGUGGCGAGAUUACACAGGUUUUAUUGUGUAUCAAGCUACUG